CCAAUGAGUGGCAUUUGGAGGCGGGACAACAUGGCAGGAACUUACUGUACAGCAGUUAGCUCAUGAGAUAUGAAACUGUAAUGCUUUGAGGAGGAGGAUUGUUUACCUUUGACGGAACUCGUAUUUAUAGACCUAUUAAAACAUUAUUUGCAUCUUACUAACAUUUAAUAUCGGGCAUUAAUACAAAAAGUGUCGGGGAAGAUGUGUAGCUAACGUUAGCUGAGGAAUGACAACAACGUGCUAACUUGGCUAACAAGUAAACACGCUGCUUCACGCUGGCGUAACACACAAACACACGCAAGUGAAUGAAAGACAACGUGGCGUGAGGGUGCUUUAAGUUACCUCUAGGGGCCACAAACACUAAGGAUGAAGAAGUGGCGAGAAGGGCAGCGACCGCACAGGCGACGAGGCGGCUCCCAACGCCACGGAUGGUACAGAGGCAACCGGCAGAGAUCAACACAGGACGAACAGUGGUAUGGGCAUAAUGAUGCAGGGCCAUCAUAUAGAACAUCUCAGAGAAGAGAUGAAAACCAGUCUGCCUCUUCUUCCUCCUCCUCCUCCUCUUCUUCAUCAUCCUCAUCUUCCUCCUCUAAGACCAGCAGUGCUGCACCAGAUCUGCCAGGUUUCUACUUUGACCCGGAGAAAAAUCGUUAUUUCCGCCUGCUGCCGGGGCACAACAACUGUAACCCUCUGACCAGAGAGCAGCUGCAGGAGAAAGAAAGGGAGAAACAAAGGAAUAAGAUGCUCGUAGAGGAUGAAAAGCCCAGAAAAAAAGCACCAAGAGCAGGACUGAACACUUCACUGCUGCUGCAGAAAAGACAUCUUGGCCUUUUACCUCAAAACUCCUAUUGCAGGCUGGUCCAUGAGGUGAAGGUCAGUGGAAUGAGACGCCACAAACUAGAGAUCCAGAGCACGGACAACAGCAACCCCAACACUGACAACUUCAGACUCAUAGUGGGGGACUCGGCAUGUGAGCAAGUGUUUACAGUCAAUGAUGUGUCUCACGGAGGCUGCAAGUACGGCAUCAUGAACUUCAGCAGCAGCAGCCGGGGUUCUCUGUCAGUGGAAAUGUGUGACAACCUUUACUUCACCAACCGCAAGGUGAAUUCCAUCUGUUGGGCUUCAGUCAACUACCCAGACUCCCAUGUGUUACUGUGUCUGGUGGGAGUGGCAGACACUCCUGGCUGUGUCAGUUUACUUCCUGCUUCCCUCUUCAGUAACUUCAACCCAGAUCAGCCAGGGAUGCUGUGUAGCUUCAAAAUAUCCUCAGCCUGGUCUUGUGCUUGGUGUCUCAACCCCCAGUUUGACAAGACCUUCAGCACUGGCCUGUCUCGUAGGGUGAUAGUGAAAGACGCAGAGACGGGACGAACGCAGACAUACAGCGUUGGCAGCGACGUCUUGGCUCAGCAGUUUGCCCUCAGGGUCCCUGUGCUGUUUAACGGCUGCCGAUCGGGAGAGAUCUUCAGCAUUGACCUGCGGCAGCGAGGACGCAGAGAUCAAAGCUGGAAAGCCAGUCGCUUCCAUCAAGAAUCUGCCAUCACGUCUGUACGCGUCCUGCAGGAUGAGAACUACCUGCUGGCUGCUGACAUGUUGGGCCAGAUCAAGCUGUGGGAUGUGCGUGUGACAAAGCCAGUGCAGGACUACAAAGGACACUAUAAUGAGCAUGCCUAUCUUCCCAUUCAUGUCAAUGAGCCUGAGGGACUUUUGUUGGCAGUGGGUCAGGAUUGCUACACAAGGUUAUGGAGCCUGAAGGACGGCCACCUUCUGAGGACCAUCCCGUCACCCCACCCGGCCGCGAACGACCUGAUUCCAAGCGUCGUCUUCUCUUCAAAUCUGGGCGGAUGCAAGGGGCUUCCCGGCCUGCUGAUGGCUGUCAAACACGACCUGUACUACUUCCCAUACAACACCGACUACCAGGACGGAGGAGAACUGCAGGCUGGAUGUUAGGAAAAGACUGAAAGUGCUUUCUGCCACAAACUGUUACUUACAUAUCUAAUAGGUAUUGUAAGAUUUGAAGGGUUUGGCUGGAUAAAGAUGUGAUGUGACUAUUUAACCCAACAGCCAGUAUGCAGUUAAUGUUCAAGAUGUUAUAACGGACUUCUGAUUGGGAAGACCUCCUUGAUGUUGCAUUGUAGUCUCAGGGGAAUGUUAUUUUUCACACGUAUUUGUGCCAAAAGGAAACAGAAGUGCUGCAUUCAAGAGUGCACACAACUACUACAGUUGGCUUACUGUCACCUUUAGAAGUGCACUUACAUGAUCGACUUAAAUUUUUAAUGGAAAAUUAGGACGUUGCUGAUCUAAAUUUGAAAAGGACAAGACUGUGUUUACACUAUAACUCAGAACAGUUUUAAUUGUUGAAUGAUAUUCUCAAAAUCAUUAAACACAGUGACCUGUUGAA